UCCGGACAGCCGAGGUCGGGGCUGGGGGUCGGGAUCCAGGACUGGAGGGCGGGCCCAGGGUCAAGGGUUGGAGGGCAGGGUCUGGGGUGAGGGAUCCGGGGUACGGGGCUGGGACCAGGCCAGGCCCCGCGGGAGCAGCCGGCACCGCCCCGAGGCCCCAGCGCCGGCGCCCCGCCCCCGAUAGGCGGCGGCCAUGGCGGCCUGGAGGGUCCGGGUGUCCGCGGGCGCCGCGCUCAGAGGGCAGCAGCCUGCCGCCCCGCCGCCAAAACCACCCCGGGUCGGAGCGGAGUUCCGACAGCCCCUCAGAUUCACCUUCUGCUCCGCUUCGAAGGGAGACCGCGGCGUCUCCGGGCCCGACUCGCUAGAGGGAGGGGCGACGGGUCGGGCAAGCGAAGAGUUAACGGAGGCAGAGCGGAGGAUCGCGGAGCUGCACGCUGCAGCCUGCGCGGCCGGCCAGCUGAACUACGUGGACCCAGCUACCGGCUACGUGGUGCUCACACAGCUGGCCCACGUGCAGCGAGGCCACUGCUGCGGUUCUGCCUGCAGACACUGUCCGUAUGGCCAAGUCAGUGUUAAAGAUCCAUCCAAAAAGAAGCAAUUCAAUUCGUAUUUUUAUGUUUGACCACAGUUUCAUCUCUGUUCUCCCUCUAAUUGAGUCUUAUUUAAAAAAAAUAAAACCGUAAUCCAGAAUUGC